GCUCUGGUGAUGACAGGCGGACACGUGACUGACGGAGAGCUGAGAUUCCCGGAAUCUCAGAAGGGAUUGGCGGGUAACUUUCCUGGCCCAUGUGACGCCGGGCUGAUCCCGCAGACAUGGCUGCCUUCUUCUUGGAGCCUCUGGCACUGGGUGGAGAACCAAUGGUAACAGGCUCGCCAACAUUGCCGAAACCAGGGGCCAGUGCCCAGUUUUUGCCUGGUUUUCUAAUGGGUGAUCUUCCAACACCGGUGACUCCACAGCCCCGCCAGUCAUUAGGAUUUAUGGAGGCACGAUCUCCUGGAUCGGGAGGUGGUUCUCCUCCUCAGCCUGUAGUUCCUGCUCCUAAGAAGAGUAGUGCACCCCCUGUUGGAAGCAUAUACGAUGACCUUUUCCUUCCAGGUCUUAAUACUACACCUUUAAGUUCCAGAAAGCAGACUACUUUCACUGCAGGACUUCCACCAACUCCAUUAUCUCCAUACACAUCUUCUAGUGUAUUCCGUCCAGCUGCCAUUGGGCAAAGUAGAGAAGCCAUGUUAUCACCUGCUCAUAUGGAUCCAUUUUACACACAAAGCAAUUUUUCGACCUCAGAUGACCAUCUGGAUAAUACAUGGGUUACGGUAUAUGGGUUUCCUCAAGCCUCUGCUUCUUACAUCUUACAACAGUUUGCUCAGUAUGGGAAUAUAAUAAAACACGUGAUGUCAAGUACUGGAAACUGGAUGCAUUUGGAAUACCAUUCAAAGCUACAGGCAAGGAACGCUCUGAGUAAAGACGGCAAGAUAUUUGGGGAUUGCAUUAUGAUUGGUGUUAAACCUUGCAUAGAGAAGAGUUUAAUGGAAUGUAGUGAGAAGGCAUCUACGUCCUCAAUGUAUUCACUUGUCACACCACCAGCUGAAAGUGUCAGCUCUCCACAUUCUGGAAAGAGACCUCUUGCUGCAGCCUACACGACUUUAACAAGCCCCUACCAGAAUUCAAAAGAAAGUAGUGAGAAGGCAUCUGUGUCCUCAACGUAUUCAGCUGUCACACCACAAGUUAAAAGUGUCAGCUCUCCCCGUUCUGGAAUGAGACCUCUUGCUGCAGCUUACAGGGCUUUUACUAGUCCCUACCAGGUGUUUUUGGACAGAAAGACUCCUAAAAAAAAUGACUCGCUUAUAUCUAAAUCUCUGGAAUACCUCUUUGGAUGGUAGUGGUUUUUAUAUUCUGUAUUACAGCAUUACUGUUAUUUAAAUUAACUUUUGACAUAUUGUACAGACACGUAAAAAGUUUAAAUCACAUCAGGUCUCACUUCUAAGACCCGCUGAGAUUGCAAGUUACAGCCAGGUGAAGUGUGUGACAGCGCAUGCCUCAAUUCACGCCUGUCAAUCAUUCUUUCACUGCAUAAGUUUAUGGAGUGAAAGGGCCGGCUCUGUUGGCCAGUUUGGAGCGUGUUUCGCACCUCACCUGGCUAUAACUCACGAUCAUAGUGGGUCUUAGGAGUCCGGAGGACAUGUCAAACAUUUAUUCCAGUGUUUCCCAACCAGGGUGCCUACAACUCCCAGCAUGCUCGGACAGCCAGUUUUGCAACAGCUGGAGGCACCCUGGUUGGGAAACACUGGUUUAUUCAAAUGACAGUAAUGCUCUACACUGCCAAACAUUCAAAACAUUUUAACUUAUUUAUAUUGUAAAGAAUUUUAUAUGUACAACAAAUAAUGAUUGUUCUUCAGCUAUGGGAUCUGCUCUUAAAGUUUUGACAUGUUGUCCAGAUAUUUUAAACCUUUACAUCACACUGGGUCUCAGUCCUGAGAUUCGCUGUGAUUGUGCGUGUGCAAGCACAAUUUUCUUUUUUAAUUUUUUUCUUCACUAAAAUCCUGUAAAAUUACCACAAGUGAAUGGGGUCCGCCAUGACUCUGGAGUAGCCGACAGCAAUCUGACCCGUUUUAGGGUCUUAUCGUCUCGGGGAAAAAAAAGGGGGCGGGCCCGUGAUGUCAUGAUACUCCGGCCCCUGUAUUGUCCCUCAUCAGGCACAGAGCGAAGUUCUCUCUGUGCAGCAGAUGACAUGGGGUGCUGCAGGAGAGAUCGUGGCGGGACCCCCACAAUCAGACAUCUUAUCCCCUAUCCUUUGGAUAGGGGCAGAGUACCUCUUUUUUACUGCAUUCUUUGACUGUUGUCAGAAAUGUUCCUCCUCCUAAUGACAGACACACCAAAGAUUAGGCAGCAGCAGUCCCUGAGAUCUGCACUUUGGGGACUACAUUGGAAUGCAAUCUGUAUUAGGAAUUGUUUUUCAUCUUGAUAUGUCCUGUCUUUUAACUGUAUUUACUAAAAUGAGGACCCUAGUCAUUCAUUUAUAACAAGUGAGUGGAUUUCAGUUAAAUAUAUGAGAAUACAAUCACUGUGUAAUAGAAGGGCAGAGAUAAGUGGUGCUACAUAUAUUGUUUGGAAUGUUUUGCAGUAUAACGAUGUAUAAUUAUUUUUAUAUGUAUAAUCUAUGCAGAGGGUUAUCUUAAGGGUCUUUUUAAGGUGCUGUGACACAUUGUGCUACUGCCCUCCUGUGCUGUUAUUUGCCGCUUGUGUUAAAGAUAACUGCAAGAAGGACCUGGACUUGCCCCUUUAACCCCUUAAUGACGCCAGACGUAAAUGUACGUCCUGGUGAGCUAGUACUUAACGCAUCAGGACGUACAUUUACGUCCUAUACAUAACCGCGUGCGAUGCUCGGGUCAUGCGCGGCAUGUCGCGGCUGCUGACAGCAGCCAGGGACCCGCCGGUAAUGGCGGACAUUUCUGGUUGCACCAUACAUUUUAUGGUAAAGUGAGUGAUGGCAUUACAACGGACAACUGGUUGCGCAAAAAAAACAAGCCCUCAUACUAGUCUGUGGAUGAAAAUAUAAGAGUUAUGAUUUUUUGAAGGCGAGGAGGAAAAAACGAAAAUGUAAAAAUAAAAUUGUCUGAGUCCUUAAUGCCCAAAUGAGCUGCGUCCUUAAUGCCCAAAUGGGCUGAGUACUUAAGGGGUUAAACAGUGACACAAUUAUCAGUAUAUACCUGCGGCCACUAGACUUUGCUAUUAAUCAAUACUUCCCAACCAGUGUUAUAUAAAAACUCUUGCAUAGUCUCCAGUUAUAGAAUAUGGACUAUGAUAAAAUAUUUUUUUUCCAAGAUCUGUCUGUAAUCACCAGAAUUUUGUUAUAUUCACUCACUGGCUACUUUUUUUUUAAUUUUUUUAUCUACACCUUGUUCGUUCCGGGUUGGACCUCCUUUUUCCUUCAUUAUUUAUAACAUACUUUCUGCAAGGUGCAAAAACAUUCCCUAGAGAAUUGGGUCCAUAUGGACAAGAUGGCAUUACACAAUUGCUGCCUAUAUGUUGGCUGCACAUCCAUGAUACCAAUCUCCCAUUCCACCACAUCCCAGCGGGGCUCUGUUGGAUUGAGAUUUAGUGACUGUUGAGGCCAUUGGUGUCCAGUGAACUCAUUGUCAUAUAUGAGAUGAUGUGAGAUUGUGCCAUGGUGCAUUAUCCUGCUGGAAGUAUCAUCAGAAGAUGGUUAUAAAGUAAUGGAUAUGGUCAGCAACAGGUAGGCUGUCACAUUUAAACAAUGUUCAAUUGGUACUAAGGAGCCCAAAGUGUUUCAAGAAAAUGUCCCCCCCCCCCCCACACCAUAACAGCAGCACCAGCCUGAACCAUUGAUACGAGGCAGGAAGAAUCCAUACUUUCCUGUUUACACCAAAUUCUGAAUGUUGCAGCUGGAAUGGAGACUCCUCAGACCAGGCAACGUUCUUCCAGUCUUCCAUUGGCCAAUCUUGGUGUGUGAAUUGUAUCCUCCGUUUCCUGUUCUUAGCUGAUAGGAGUGGUACCUGGUGUGGUCUUCUGCUGGUGUAGCCCAUCUGCUUCAAGGGUUGUGUUGUGCAAUCAGAGAUGGUAUUCUGCAUACCUUUUGUUGUGACCAGUAGUCCCUGACUGUCCAGGCAUUCUGUGAGUUUAGCAACAGCUGGAGGUACCCUGUUUGGGAAUCACUGGCAUAGAUUACCUCUCUGCAAUCCCUAAUUUAGUCCUCAAAUGUGCAUGGCUCUCUCUCACUGCGGAGCCCUAUCGUGUUUCAAGGAAACUGUUUAGGGCCACAUAUGGGGUAUUUCGGGUACUUGAAAGCAAUUGUUACAAAUUUUGGGGGCUUUUCUCCUUUUACCCCUUAUGAAAAGGAAAAGUUGGGGUCUACACCAGCCUGUUAGUGUAAAAAAAAAAAACAGUGCUGGUGUUGCCCUAUGUAUUUUAUUUUCACAAGAGGUAAAAGGAAAAAAAAAGACCCCCAAAAUUUGUAACGCAAUUUCUCCUGAGUAUGGAAAUACCCCAUAUGUGGGCGUAAAAUGCUCUGCGGACGCACAACAAGGCUCAGGAGUGAGAGCGCAUCAUGUACAUUUGAAGCCUAAAUUGGUGAUUUGCACAGGGUUGACUGAUUUUACAGCAGUUCUGACAUAAAUGCAAAAAAAUAAAUACCCACAUGUUGGAAAUGACACCCCUCACGGAAUGUAAAAAGGGGUAUAGUGAGCCUUACACCCCACAGGUGUUUGACAAAUUUUCGUUAAACUUGGAAACAAAAUUUUUUUUAAACUAAAAUCCUAGUGUUACCCUAAAUUUUUCAUUUUCAAGGGAAAAUAGGAAAAAAAGCCCCACAAAGUUUGUAACCCCAUUUCUUAUGAGUAAGAACAUAUCCUAUAUGUGGAUGUCAAGUGCUCUCCGGGCGAACUACAAUGCUCAGAAGAGAAGGAGCACCAUUGGGCUUUUGGAGAGAAAAUGUGUCCGGAAUUGAAGGCCACGUAUGUUUACAAAGCCACCAUAGUGCCAGAACAUGUGACCCCAUUUUGGAAACUACACCCCUCAUGUAAUGUAAUAAGGGGCGCAGUGAGCAUUUCCGCCCCACAGGUGUCUGACAGAUUUUUGGAACAGUGGUCCGUGAAAAUGAAAAGUAUAAUUUUUCAUUUGUACAGCCUACUGUGCCAAAGAUCUGUCAAAUUAUAUUGAUUCACAUAUACAAUAUGUCUAUUUGGAAUAUCUAUUUUCCUUAUAAGCAGAGAGUUUCAAAGUUUAAAAAAAUGCAAAAUUUUAGUUUUUCAUAAAAUUUUUGAAUUUUUCACCAAGAAAUUAUGCAAGUAUUGACAAAAAUUUACCACUGAAAUAAAGUAGAAUGUCACGAAAAAAACAAUCUCUGAAUCAGAAUGAAAAGUAAAAGCAUCCCAGUUAUUAAUGCUUAAAGUGACAGUGGCCAGAUUUGCAAAAAAGGGCUGCGUCCUUAAAGGGUAGCUCCCACCAUCAUGAUUUUUUUUCUUUCUGUCCCUGCCUAUUGCACUUCUAUCCCUAACACCCUCCCUGCCUUUAUUUUUUUUUACUAUUUUUAAAAUGGCAUUUAGUCUGCCUGGUAGUGUGCUCACUACCAGGCAGACUUCCCCAGCAGGCACCACGUCACUGAUGCCUGCUGGGGGGGACUUCCGCCCUUAGUUCUCCCAACAGGGUGCCUCCAGCUGUUUCACCACUACAACUCCCAGCAUGCCCUGACAUCUAUUGGCUGUCAGGGCAUGCUGGGAGUUGUAGUGGUAAAACAACUGGAGGCACCCAGGACAGGAGUUUCAUGGGGGAAGGAGUGAGCCAGGAGCCGAUGCGGGAGGGACGGGUGCGGGGGAGACUCUUCCUGCCGCUCGGUAAGUAAACCCAAACAACCCCCAUCCCCUCCCCCCACCUUGUAGCAGCGCCCCCAUCCUCCCCCGUACCUUGUAGCAGCGCUCCCCAUCCUGCUCGUACCUUGCAGCAGCGCCCCCCAUCCCCCUCGUACCUUGGAGCAGCACUUCCCGCACCUUGCUGUAGCAGCCAACCCCCCGCGCCGCCCGCACCUUGCAGCAGGGCCGUCGGCGAGUGCGGGAAGCUGAUGCGGAGCCCUGGCUGUUACUGCGCCUGCGCAAAAUUUCGACUGAUGCCCUGCCGGAAUCAGUCGGAAUUUUGCAGUGACGUCACUCCGCACUGCAUUCGGCCACUAGGAGGGCGCCCCCUAGUGGCCGAAUUUCAAAUUGCUUUUAAAAUGUUUUAAAAGCAUUUUUUUAAAUAAAAGUAUAUUAGAGAUAUGUUGUAGUACUUGAGUACUACAACAUAUCAAAAAUUAUUUUUCAUGACAGUGCCCAUUUAAGGUGAAAAUGAGCUUAAGGUUGAACCAGUCUACCCAUUCUCCUCUGAUCACUGCAUCAUUAGUUUCCGAUAGUCAGGCCAGCCCAUCUGGCAUAAACAAUCGUGCCAUGUGCAGUUACUUUAAAAGUGUAGUCCAGGAUUGUUGUACUUAAAAGCGAUGUUCCAAUGAUGCCAAUUUAUGCAUUUUGUAAAUGUACUUUUAUUACCUUGUCUGUGGUGGAUUACUGUUGUCUCAAGACUUUUAUGGCUGUGUGGGCAGCUUGAGACAAUGCAUUGCGGGUCAGCUGAUCACAGGGGGCCUGGCUGCUUGUCUACCCUAACAAGCCAGCCCCCUGAUGACAUGUGUGGUUCUAAUCUACGUCCACCACUGUCAUGUGAUCUCAGCACACUAACAGGGACACGUUUAAGCACCCUGUGAUCAGCUGACCUGCAACAUGUUGUCUCAGGCUGCACAGUAAGCCAGGAAAGGCUUGAGAUGACAGUAAUCCUGAGCCAUAUAGGGUGACACCUAGUGGCCAGGUUUUCAAAUGUAAAAAAAAAAAAUGUAAAUUUUUUUUUUAUGAAUUUUUUUUUAAAGAAAAAGGUUUAAUAUUUUAUGAGUACCCAUUUAAGCAUUUCAUAGCUAUACUUGUAUAUAAAAAGACAAUCACCUAACUUUAUGAAACCCAAAAUGUCAGUCACAAAACAUUUGGCCUCAACUUUACCUGUGUAUGUGCUAAAACAUUAGUAUGUAAAAUGAUGUAUUUGAGCAUUGUCAGCAUUGUUUCCUCUUCUCAGCCAUUCAUCCUGUUCAUUUUAAAUCCACUUUUUGAUUUGGCUCUAUAAAUUGAAGUUUCAGUAAAGAUGGUAUAGAAACUUUGCUCAAAAACCAUUGUGUUAUAUAAGAAAUCUUUCAUGUAAAUACUAUGGUGCUGCUCAGAACCAGGAGCAACAGGUUUGACAUGUUCCGGCAUCACCCAGGGUCAUAUUCAGUGGUGCCUAAGGCAGCUUGAACCAUGGAUACAAAAGGACUUUACCACACAGAAUUCCCAAGUAUUGGACAGUCUCUGCACAUUUUGUUUAUUUUUUGAAUCAUUAUGCACUCUGCAUUUGUACUGUAUAUAAAGUCUAAAUCUGGAA